GCCUAUAUGAAGGCCCAAAAUUGUGUGUUCCUUUCUGCUCUGACAAUGGCAUCCCCAUUCGUGCGAGAUGUGGUGGAUGAAGAAGCACUUGUGCUGAGGAGAGCCUUCAGGCGAGAAAGGGUCUUCAGGGACCGGUUGGACCCACUGGCCUUCCCUGACGACCAUCUAUAUGAAAGAUACAGGUUUUCUGCAGAUGGCAUCAGGUAUCUAUGCAGACUACUGGGUCCCAGGAUUAAGCACCGCACUGCACGGAGCCAUGCACUGAGUGUGGAGCAAAUGGUUUGUGUGGCCUUGCGCUUUUUUGCUAGUGGAGCCUUCCUGUACUCAGUGGGGGAUGCAGAACAGCUGAACAAUUCCACAAUUUGCCGCACAAUAAGGAGUGUGUGUCUGGCUAUCAAAGCAUUAGCAGAUGUCUUCAUCUCCUUCCCUGGCCACAGAAGACUCUGUGACAUCAAAGAGGAGUUCUAUAGGAUUGCAGGUUUCCCCAAUGUCAUUGGUGCAGUGGACUGCACACACAUAAGGAUAAAAGCCCCCUCAGGUGCCCAUGAGGCCGAUUUUGUGAAUAGGAAAUCCUUUCACAGCAUUAAUGUUCAGAUGGUCUGCAAUGCUGACUGUGUGAUCAGCAAUGUUGUGGCAAAAUGGCCUGGCUCAGUCCAUGACUCCAGAAUCUUUCGGGCCUCUGAAAUCUAUCAGUGCCUAUCACAAGGUGAAUUCUCUGGUGUGUUGCUGGGAGACAGGGGGUAUGGCUGCCAGGCAUGA